CAGAACGCAUCCCGCCGUCGCAGCAACAAUAUUUGGAUCCCCGGAUGGUUCGCAAUCCUGCCUUCUUCCGACACCCUACGGCGGAGCAGCUUGCGGCUAUUCGAGAAGAAGAGGAGGAGGAAGAGAGCACCGAGAGUGACGAAAACAGAGACGGGUUGGAAGAAGGCGGGGAUAGCGACGAAGUGCCAGGGGAAGAAGACGAAACCCCCGAAGAAGGAAGCUAUAGCGAGCAUAGCGAGGGGGAACAAAGUGAAGAAGAAGAAGAAGAUGAGGAAGGAGAAGAGGAGCACGAAGAAGAAUCUGUUGGGUCGGAGUGGGAAGCCGUGCCGGAAGAAGCGCUGCGCACAGGUACAAAGGCUGAGGAUCCCGAGGCAGCCCGCAAAAAAGAAAAGAUCGCGGCCUGGAAGAAGGAGUUAGAGCUCGUAAGCGCAACAAAUCUGCAGAUCCGCGAGGACCCGAACCGAGAUCUGGAGCCGCCCCGACCUGAAGAUGGCGACCUCGCGGCCACGACUCCGACCCCAUCAGCGCGGCGACGGAGCCGAUCCCCCUCCUCCCCAACCCGUCCCCCAGAGGAGGCGGCGCGAGAGGAUCAAGGUUUGAAUGAUAAAGAAGAGAGGCGGCCCAAGAACAAGGAACGAGGCGUUGGCACAAUUUAUUUGAAGAAGAAUACAGGGGUGGACGAGAGGGAUCACAGGGACCGCCUGGCACUUAAAGCCGGAACCAGGAGUGAGCUCGAUGUUUACGCGACUCUUGAGAAGAAGGCAGAGUUGUACGAAAAACUAGUGCGCGGGGAGGUCUCAGAUGAGGAGGGCGAGGAGAAGUACAGUGUGGAUUUCUUCCGGAAAGGACUGCACGAUCAAGUGCCACAACGCAGAAGCGAUUGGGAUGCUGAUGAGGAAGAUAGGGAAAGAGGCACAGGUUCCACUCGCCUGAGGGAACCUGAUUCCAAUGAUGACAAGGGACUGGUAUCUGAUGACAUGCGCAGGGAACAACAAAGGGCCCAGUGGGAAAGCGAUAGCUUGCGGUCCCAUGAAGAUGAGCUUGCGGCAGCGCAGAGGCGGCAAGAGCAGAAACGAGUCAUCCAGGAGGUGAAUGUGGAGACAAGAGAAGCGCGACAAAGGGUUGCAGCCUUGAAGCAGAAGCGUCUGGAGCAGGCGGACAAGAAGCGUGAGAAGCUGAAAGCCAUGCUCUUAAAAACACAGGCACUGAAGCAGAGGCAGAAGCAUGUUAAGGAGAAGGAGGAGGUGUCAACCAAGUAAUCAGUUUGCUGAACUUUGCUCAAGUUUGUUGUAAAGUUGUAAACAGACAUUAAUAUUUUGUAACAAAUAUAUAGAGUCAGU